UAAAUAAAUAUUUUAUGCAAGCUCAAGCAAAAGUUUAUUAGUUUGAUGCUGAGCCUUAAGUAUCUCACCCAAAAUAUAGAGAUUAAGAUAUUUAUGAAGAAUUGACUGAUCUACCAGAUAAUGAAUCAAGGAUUAAACCAGAUUAUUAUAUAGAUCGACCUGUAUAUAUUAUUUAAUAUUCAAGAUAACACCUGAAUACAAACCAUUACCAAAGGGAAUUGAUGAAUAAACAUAAAUAGAAGAAUAUGAACCAGAUUUAUUUGAUUAUAAAUUAGAAGUGGAGCCAGUUUUAUAGGUUUUGAUUGGAAAAUCUCUUGAAUAGGCUAGAAUGGAAUUGAUUGAAGAAUCAGAAAGAUAAGAAUUAUUAAUAUAAAAGGCUGCUUUUUUAAAAAAAAGAAAUGCUGAAUUAAUUGUAACCCAAAGGAUGGAAACAGCUUAUGUAAGAAAAAAAGAUGAACGAGUAAUAAAAUUAAUAUUUAUAUUUUAGGAAAGAAGAAUCUUGUAACACAAAAAAUAUCAAGAUUAGAUGAAACUGUCAUAAUAGAAAUUUAUAGCUAGAACUCUUUCAAAAAAUGUUAUUAAAGGAAUUAAUUAUAGAAUCUUAAAUGAUCUUUAAAAUUUGGGACUAUUAAGAAAUGAUCAUCUUCUUGAACUUAAAGUAUAAACACUCCCUUGGCUUAUUGAAAGAAUCAAAUAAAAUUGUGAUUAAAUUUAGAAUUCUUAAAUGCGUUUGAAUUCCUUUUUAGAAGAUAUCUAAAACCCAUUGAUUUAACACCAUUAAAUAUAUUAUUAAAAAGAAUAAUUAAAAAGAUAAAAACAUCUAGAUUAAUUAGAAAAAAAAAAAAUAGAAAUUGAAGAGAGAAAAAAAAGAAAAAUAGAAAUUAGAAGAAGAAGAGCAUUAAAAGAAAAAAGAGAUAUAUAAAAAUAAGCUAUUUAUAAUCUAACCAUUUCUAAAGCUGAAUUAUCUAAUUCUAUCUUUUAAGUUAAUAUUUAAGAAGGAAUUUCUGAAAUUGGUUAAAAAGGAGUUGUUUUACAUAUGGAUCUAUUUCUACUUUUAGCUGAAGUUCUUGAUUUAAUUACAGGAGAUUAAAUUCAUUAAAUUGAUGAAUACAUUAUUCAAACCAUUUGGAUAGAUAUUUUAAUUAAUAAAUGCAGUUCAUUUAAUAUUUCUCUAAAUUCUGUUAUGUAACCUAUCAUUUAAGAGGCAUUGAAUAAAAUCGAUGAAGAUUUAUUCAUUUUUGAAAAAAAUGCCAAAUAAUUAACUAUUGAAUUCUUAAGAACUCAGUCACCUUUUUGGUCAUCUUAUGUAUCCUAACAAUUUUCAAAUAAUAUUAGAAAAGCUAUUUUAAAUAAAUUACUUGAUGGUUUCUUUGAAAUUUACUUUAAAUCUGUUAAUUAUAAAGAAACUAAAUAAAAAACUGAACCUUAAAAUUAAACAGAUGAACCUGAAUAGUAAAUAAAUCCUCAAUAACCUACAUAAACAGAUGAUAAUUCAGAAUCUUAAUUAUUAGAUUAAUAAAUUAAUCAAUAAUAGCAUAAAAAGGAUGAUUAGAAUAUACCUGAAAUCACUUAACAUGAUUUAGAUAUGGUUGAAGCUAAAAAAAAAAUUAAUUUAAUCUUUAAAUAACCUCAAACUAAAUUUGAAAAUAUUAGUGCUAUUGUUAAUUUAUUAAUUCCACACUUAAUAGAUGAACAACAAUAAGAUUAAAAUCAAGAGUAACAGACAUAAGAUUUUGAAAAUUAGUAAGAAAUUCCUCAAUAAAUAGAGGAACCUGUUAAAUCUAUAGGUAAAUGGGAUUUUGAUCCAAAAAUUAUUGAUAUUUAUGAUGGGGAAUAACCAUUAAUCUAAGAAGGAGUUAGAGAAAGUAUUGAUUCUAUCUUUUAAUACUCAUUUUAAGAUUAAGUAAUUGUAAAUGAUGAAAGAGCUAUUGAAUUUGCUAGAAUGCAGAUUUACGAUUUUUUAAAAGAAAAGUAUAUAUUAAACUAUUUAAAAUUAGAUUGGAAUCUUUUAUGAGUGUACCAGAUUUUUCGAGUCUGUAAUUUAAAAAAUUAAAGCAUACUUAUCCUAACAUUCCAAUAUUUGAUUUUUUAUUAUGA